AAGGCAAAUCUUCAGAGCCAAUGAAAAAUGUGAAAAAUCGAGACUUGACAUCGAAUACAGCUGUUAGGUGGCGAAUCACCGUUAAACGCCAGCGUGCGAACGCGACUUCCGAGCAUCCUGUUUUCAAGGAAAGGAAAACGCUCAGAUGAGGACGUACCUCCACACGUAACGACAGCUGCGUCCACCUGCGUCUAUACACUUUCGCACCUGUGGACGUUGCCGCGGUGACGAACACUGCAUUACAAUGGCAGCGAUCGAGAUAUUUUCAAGUUCUGUCACUUAUAAGUACAAGAGUAGAAUACAUUCUUGCGCCUCGAUUGUUGCUAUUUUGUUCAUCGUAUUAUCUUUAAUAACGCCCCUUUUUAUAAUUUACAAUGCAGGAGGUAUUUGGAUGAAAAAUCGCAUGCACGCGGAAACACCCGAUGUGCAUUUUAUAUACAAGUACCUAUUAAUCGCGGAGAUUGAUUCCUUUGAAGAGCCCAUUGUGUGUUCCACAUUCACGACAUACAAAGAAAACGAUAUCAAAGAUCAAUGUGCAUUAAUCAAGGUACAAGAAUACGAUUUAAAUAAUGAUGGGCAAAAGGAUUCGCUAAGAUUUGAAGCUCAUUUUUACACAGACAAGCCAGUGAAAUCUCUACGACUCUUGCUGUUCUUCAAUUUUAAAUUAAAGCAUCUCAUUCAAGCAACGAUAGAAUCUAUUGGCGUGUUUGAUCGAAUGUUAAGCAAUGAAGCUCAAGAGAUACGAUUCUUUGGUGAUUUAGAGCUACGGCAGAAGGGAAUUUUGCGCAGAGAGGGUCUCUACGAAACUUACAACCACAGCAUUGAGCUGUCCGAUUAUUCUCUAGCCGAUCUACUAUUGCAUAGUUUCAACCGAAAGUUUUCUGCCAGAAUCACGAAUGAGCGGGUAACAUGGAAAACGGGCUUUUCCAAUGACGAAGCGGUAGUUGUCAUCGGUGAAUUGUUCUACGCGGAAAAUUUUAUUUACUAUCAGCCGAGCAUGUGGGAGGAAUUAAAAUGGGCAUGGAUCCAAUAUCUGUCGUGUCUACUUGUGUUUGCAUACGUGACUAAACAUAUCUUGGUAUUUCUGUUCACCAAUAGAUACCUGAACACGUAUAUUGUAAGGCCGUGGGUGAAUAUAUAAAAAUAAACUGAGAAUAUACCUAUCCGGUAAAUAUUGUAAAUAAAUCUACACAUCUUUCGCGUACAAACCGUUAUAACUUUUUCUUUUAUUUUUCACGCCACGCUAGACCUUUCCGUUCUUAUUGCGUUCAAUUUUUGUAUAAUGUACUCUUCGAUGUUUGAUACAAAUCUGAUACACAGUCAUUAUUCACUGAAAACAAUUAGAUUAAAAAAAUUUAA